GGAGCUGCUGGGCGUUCUCAGCAAUUGCUACCGUUGAAGCAGUCAACAAGAUUGUGACUGGUGAUCUGAUCUCACUUUCUGAGCAGGAGUUGGUCGAUUGUGAUACUAUCCAUGACUCAGGCUGUAAUGGGGGCCUAAUGGACUAUGCUUUUGAUUUCAUAAUCAACAAUGGAGGAAUCGACACUGAGGAAGACUACCCUUACAAAGCCAUGGGCGGGAGAUGCGACCAAAAUAGGAAAAAUGCUAAGGUUGUGACAAUUGAUGGGUAUGAAGAUGUUCCCGCUUAUGAUGAAAAGGCCCUACAAAAGGCUGUUGCAAAUCAACCCAUCAGUGUUGCCAUCGAAGCAGGUGGCAAGGACUUUCAACACUACACCUCGGGUAUCUUUACUGGAAAAUGUGGAACCGCAGUGGACCAUGGAGUAGUUGCUGUUGGAUAUGGUAGCGAAAAUGGUAAGGAUUAUUGGAUUGUUAGGAACUCAUGGGGUGCUUCUUGGGGAGAAAAGGGAUACCUCAGGAUGCAGCGUAACGUUGCCAGUUCUAGUGGCCUGUGUGGAAUUGCUAUAGAGCCUUCUUACCCUAUAAAGACGGGCCAAAAUCCCCACCCUGGCCCUUCUCCUCCAUCUCCAGUGAAGCCGCCCAAUACUUGUGAUGAAUACUAUCAAUGCCCAGAGAGCACCACCUGCUGCUGCGUCUUAGAGUUCUCUAACUACUGUUAUGCUUGGGGAUGCUGCCCCUAUGAAGGAGCCGUUUGCUGUAAAGACCACAACAGUUGCUGUCCACAUGACUAUCCCGUCUGCAAUGUUAGAGCCGGCACCUGCUCAAUUAGCAAGGACAAUCCAUUGGGAGUGGAGGCAAUGAAGCACAUUCUUGCCAAACCCAUAGGGGCCUUCAAGAAGAGCAUUUCUUGAAUUCUCUUAAGUUCCAAGGCUGUGGGACGAGGAGGUGGCAAAAGCGGCCAAUGGAAAUGAAUUGUAGACGAUCUCACUGCUAUAUUGUUUUGAAGACCUCUCAUUCCCAGCUAAAGUAAUUGAAAGAAAUCCAUAAUCAAGGAUUACAAAGAUCCUUAUGAUGAUUUGUAAAUAGUGCUUCUUUAUGGUUUCCGCUGUAUUAGAACCAAGAUUAAAAGGAGAUAUUAAUUUUCCUCUUUGGCUACUUAUGUAUCUAGUGUAUUUCUCAGCAUUGAUGACUAAAGUUCUGCUUUUGUGGCACACUUUAUUGUUCAUCUGCUGCUUGUACGCCGUGUUUUUAAAGGAUGACUAACCUGCAAUUUGAACUUUGAACUUACUACUA